UUGUUCAAACUUAAUGAACCAUUUUUAGUUAAAAUUUGCCACUAAAUUAGCAUUAACGUUUCUACUAAAAUCCAUACACCGUCACUGGAGACAAAGAGAGAGAUGAACAAUAAAGAAGAAAAGCAUAAAGAAGAAGGAGAAGAAUCACCAUCUCACUCACAGCAAACAGUUUCUUCUGAUGAUGAGAUAGAUUACUCCAUCAAGCCAGAAUUUUAUGAUGAAGAACUUGAUCACAAAGAUGAACUCUGGGUCCAAAAGAAAAGGGGUGGGCGUACUUCUGAUGCCAUCCUUAAUUGUCCAGCUUGUUUUACCACACUCUGUCUAGAUUGCCAAAGGCAUGAAAAGAAUGUUACACAGUACCGAGCAAUUUUUGUGGUCAAUUGCAAGAUCAAGAGUGAACAAGUGGUGGCACAGCUUGGAAGCAAACGAAAGAGGGGUAAGAAAGGGCGUGGAUCUUCUGAUGUUGAAGCGGUUUCUGAUACGGGCGAGACAUUUAAACAUGUAUGUUGUUCAGUUUGUUCAACGGAUGUUGGAGUCAUCGAUGAAGAAGAGGUCUAUCAUUUCCUUAACGUUAUUCCUAGUGAGUCUUGAUGUGUCAAAGACGGUGGCCAGCUACUUCCUAUAGCUAGUCUGAAACAAACUCUUUCCCUCUGGGCUAGGAGUGAAAUGCUCUGAUCGACUUGGUGCUCUUCCUCCUGAAAUGGGCUUAAGCUCUUAGGAUAUAGUCUGUUUAACAUGUGUUUUCAGCUGUGCAUUGCAGAAACUAAAGGGAUCGACGGGCAUUUUCUGUUUCUGUUUUAUCCUUUUUCUGGUAGGGUGUUUUUAAUAGUAUAUUGGACUGCCAAAAAUUUGCAGUUUGUGCUAAAGCAAAAGCUUCCUUCUUCAUGGAGGAUGGUCUACUUCAUGUAUGUAUGACAAAAUGAUGGAGACCAAGUUGAAAACUGACCAGAGACAGAUUGAUUACUUAAAGAGUUAUGAUCACUUCUUUCUUGAGCAAUAGUAAAGUUUCUAAUUAAGUUA